AGCCAUCAACAUGUUGGGCAGAAAGUCCAGCAUCCUCUAGCAACGAUGUAGAUGGUGGUGAAAACAUGAUGAUGAUGAUGAUGCAGGGCAUUGCAAGGAGGAGGAGCAGUGAUUGACGCUCUCCUCCGUUUGCCACAUCCUGCACUCAAUGACCGUCCUGAGAGGACGGCUAGAGGACUAUGUCAUCAACCACACCCCCAUCGGCCCAACCCCCUAAAAAGGGAAGGAAGUCGGAGAAAUCAGAGGUGAUGGCUGAUUCACCACAGUCCACCAACGAAGAACUCAGGAACAAACUCAUGGACGUUCAGAUCGAGCUGCAGCAGGAGCGAGGCAAGGUCUGUAAGCUCCGUGAGCGUCUGCAGGAACAGCGACAAGCUCGGGAGCUUGAGCAGCACAAGCAUGCCGUGGCGCUCACUGACCUGCGCGCCAAACUCCAUGAAGAAAAACUACGUGAUAUAGCUGCUGCCCGUGAGGCCCUGGCGCGGCAGCACGAAACCGAGUUGGCUCGGGUGAUAAAGAUCCGGGAUACAGAGGUGCAGAGGCUCCAGGGUCUUGUAAACGCACUGAGGGAUGGAGCAGCUGACAAGCUCAAAAAUGCUCUUCUCGCAGAGGCUCGAGAGGAGGCCAGGAGAGCUUUUGAUGGGGAGAGACUAAAGCUACAGCAGGAGAUUCAGGAGCAGAAACUGGCCAGGAAACAAGCUGAGGAAGCGUUAGCAACUGCUCUUCAAGCUGAUAAAGCCAAAGCUGUUGAUCUCCGCACAGCUUAUCAACAGCACCAAGAUGAGGUGCAUCGCAUUAAGCGAGACUGUGAGAAAGACAUCCGUCGACUGAUGGAUGAGUUGAAGGCAAAGGACCGGGUGGUGUGUGCUCUGGAGAGAGAGCUGGGGUUGCAGGCUGGCUACACCCAGAAGCUUCAGCUUCAAAAAGAAGCCCUGGAUGAACAGCUGGGUCAGGUACGAGAGGCUGAAAGAUACAACCACGGCAGCCCCAAGCGAGAGGUGGUCCCUGGGCUAGGAGAAAAUCCAGACCUGCUUAAUAACCAGGAGGUGGAAGAACGUGACCUGAGGAGGUUCCAGCUGAAAAUUGCAGAGCUUCACUCCGUCAUUAGGAAACUGGAGGACAGAAAUGCACUGCUGGCGGACGAGAGGAACGAACUACUGAAGCGGGUGCGAGAGGCAGAGAGCCAGAUGAAGCCCCUGUUUGAGAAGAAUAAGCGCCUGUCCAAGAAGAAUGAUGACCUCCUGCAGACACUGCAGCGUAUGGAGGAGAAACUCAAGAAUCUGAGUCGCGAGAAUGCAGAAAUGAAGGAAAAGGCUUCCUCCUCUAGGCCCCCGUCACAGCAACAAUCCACUCAGCCUCAGUUAAAGCGAACAAGCUCCCUGACUGACCUUAGUCACGCCCACGAGGAACAGGAAAUGCAGUUCCUCAAGCUGCAGGUUGCUGAGCAACGAGGCAUCAUUGACGAGCUCACGCAGGAACGUGACAAAUUUGUGAUGAACAAGAAGAGCAGGAAAAAAUCAUCCAAGCUGACAAAAAGGCAUGUUGUGGAGACAUAUUUUGGAUUUGAUGAGGAGUCGAUAGACUCAGAAACCUCGUCUCUGACCUCGUAUAACACUGACCUUACCGACCGCACUCCUGCCACUCCUGAGGAGGAUUUGGAAGAGACGAUUUCCCGUGAAGAGUCGGAGCUUCGUUUUCGUCAGCUCACCAGAGAGUAUCAGGCUCUUCAGCGGGCAUACGCACUUUUGCAGGAGCAGAAUGGGGGCUCCCUGGAUGCUGAGAGGGAGGCCAGGAAUCGUGAGCAGCUACAGAUGGAGCUCGGCAGCUGCCAGGCAAAGAUUGUCGACCUGGAGAAAGCCCUGGCAGAGAGGGGACAGGAUUCAAAGUGGGUGGAGGAGAAGCAAUACUUGAUCAGGACCAACAAGGAGCUGCACGAGAAGAUCUGUGCGCUGCAGCAGGCAGAGUCACGGCUGCAGGCUGAGGUUCAGGACGCCCGGGACCAAAAUGAGCUGCUUGAAUUCAGAGUGCUAGAACUGGAAGAAAGAGAACGGAAAUCUCCUGCUUUUAAUUUCCACAUGUCUGCAUUUCCUGAGAACAGUAGCAGUGCCCUGCAGAUUUACUGCCACCAGGAGGGAGUAAAGGAUGUAAUCAUCCCUGAGUUGAUGAAGAAGCUGGAUAUUCUUGGUGAUAAUGGGAAUCUCAGAAAUGAGGAGCAGGUUGCAGUGAUCCAGGCUGGGACAGUGAUCUCACUCUGUGAAAAGUGGUUGAAGCAAAUAGACAACACAGAGGUGGCCCUCACACAGAAGAUGAUCGACCUGGAAAAUGACAAGGAGUUGUUCAGUAAACAGAAGGGAUUCCUUGAGGAGGAGUUGGAUUACAGGAAGCAGGCCUUGGAUCAGGCUUACAUGAGGAUCGAGGAGCUGGAGGCCACGCUGUAUAGCGCUCUGCAGCAGGAGCAACCAGCAUGCCGUGCGGUGGCCAAGUCGCUGACAGACAGGCAGAGGGAGGAGCUGAGGCUAGCCGUGGACAAGCUGCGGCGUCAGAUUCUCCGGCAGAGCCGGCAGUAUGACAGUCAGAUCUUACAGGAGCGCAUGGAGCUCCUACAGCAGGCGCAGCAGCGGAUUAGAGAGCUGGAGGACAGGAUCGACUUGCAAAAGAGACAAAUUAAGGAUAUAGAGGAAAAGCAUUUAUUCUUUGGCCUUAAAGAAAUUAUCAUGAUCAUCGACUCUUAUCAGCUACCUGAGGAACAGAUAAAGAGGUCCAAGAGGAUCAUCCUGCUGCUAAAAGUUCAUCAGCUCGCCUCUUCCUCCCAGCUCCCCAGCAUGCAACAUUCCCAGAGGCUGGACCAGAGACUCCACAUGCUCCGAGAGGAGGUCAGAAACAUGACUCAGGAAAAGGAACUAACAGAGCGACUAUGGAGAGAGCGGCUGCAGCGCUGCCAGAGGCAUCUGAAGGCCAAAGAAGAGGAAAUGAGUCGUCAAACUCAGUAUUUUGAAAACUUUAAAUCCCAACUUCAACAGAAGCUCAGCUUGGCACGAGACAGAGAGCUGAGUCUGCAGAAUCGUAUCUACACUUUAGAAAAGCAGCUGCUUGACAUGACUGUCAGUGCUGCCACGGGAUUGGCAACAAUCAGAGCUGUCAGAAUUACUGCAGAGACUGUGAGACACAUGGAUGAACAAGACAGGCUACCUUCCCUGAGAGGAGAGGGUGAAGGAGAAGAGCAAAAAAAUGAGGAGAGGAGGAAGCAAUGGCAGCCAGAUGUGAGAGAAGAAAUUAAGAUGGAGACAGAUGUAGAUGGAGGAGGAAACAAUGACACAAAACAGGCUUCGAAUGAGGCCAGGCUGCAAAGCUUCAUUCUUAGCCUGCAGGAGGACCUCAAGGUUCUACUGGAGAGAGAGGAGGAUGGGAUGACUGAGCGAAGGAGUCUCCAGGAGCAGCUCCAGAAAGCCCAGGAGAGCAGUCACUUCCUGGGAGGCAAAGUGAAAGAAAUGAAAGCAGAGGGGCAUCAGUUGAGACAGUCUGAGAGCUCCUUGAUGAAGGAGGUGGAGCAGCUGAAAGAGGAAAACCACAGACUCCAGCAGAUGCUCACGGACGUAACCAACACAACACCUGCUAAGUCAUUCACAAAACCUGAGGCCAUGACUUCUGAGGGCAGCUGCAGUCCAGCUGUGCCCGUAAACACGCUUUCACAUGUCACUGCCAUGGGCCUGUCCUCCUCAGGAAGCUCAGGAGAGGUUCCGCCUAUUGCAGAGGAAAGACGAGUGCAAAAUCAUUUGUUUGCAACUCCACAUGUUGUCCAGCAGGCGGCAGCAGAGCACAUACAAAACAACUCAGAGGAUGGAUUCUCAUCACCCAAAUCCAAAACCCCAACUAGACAUGAUCCUGUCAACCUCUUUCGCCACUUUGACUCUAAAUCCAACACCAAAUUCCAGCCACUCUCCAUCACUGCAGAACUCCUGAAUGAGUUUAAGACAGGACACAUAGAGGAAAGUCCCAGUGAGGAAUCUGAUGCCCUGAGAGAAGCGUUCCAGAGCUUAGGGUUCGGGGAAGCUCUUCAUGAGAAAUAUGAGCACCUGGAAGUUGCCCUGCAGCAAAUGCAGGCACAACUGGAGGUUAUGACUCAGGAGAAUGCUCAGCUAAAAUUACAGCUCACAAAGGAUGCAGAGGAACAACAGAAUGCAACAGUGCAGAGGUCACCAAGAGAAAAGAUAAUCACACCAUCCAUCUUGGAUGUAGUUGAUCAUCUCCCAUCAUUUCCUGCCAAAGAUGACACGAUUCUUGCUCAGGAUGACCUUGUUCAAGCUCUGAAUCAGGAAAACCGAGCCUUGGCAGAAAGGAUCCAGGAGCUGAUGGCUCACAUUCAACUCAGGGAGGAGGAGAUCAAAAAAGAGCAAAAACAGCUGAGGGAGCAUAUCUUCAGGCUGGAGGAGGAUGGUGACAGGCUGGAGCAGGAGAACCAAGAACAUGCUAGUUUGAUCUCCGAACUCACCAAGAAGACGGAGGAUGAUCUGAAUGCCAUCAUGGAGCUUCAGCAGCGGUUAGAUGAGAGUAAAGAAGAAUUACAGCAGUUUCGAGUUCAACUGGAAAACGUGGACAGUUUAGUUGCAAAUGUGCUAAAAGGAGACGAGGCAGAGUUGAUUUUCAGGCAAGAAACAGACAGUUUGUCCUCAGCCCCAUCGGCUGGUUGUCAAUGUAAUUAUCAGCUUGAGUCCUUACAAAACUGCUCACAGAACAACCUGCAUGUUAGUUCACUGACUCGCCAAGUGGCCCAGCUCACCAGCUCAGUCCCGAACCUCAAAACAGAAAAAGAAGAACUGAUUGUCAACAUCAAUUCUCUCAGAGAGCAACAAAGAGAAGUCACACAGUCAGUUCAAAAACAGACAGAGGAAAAACAGCAGUUAACGCGCACAGUUUGGGCACUGAAAGAACAGAAAGAUAGCAUCUUUCAGUCUCUGUCUGUUCUCAAACAAGAGAGGGAGCCGCUGAACAGGGCUGUCUGUGGACUGAAGGACGAGAGAGAUCAGCUUUUGAGGUCUGUUAGUGGCCUUAAAGAAACGAAGGAGCAGCUAACGGAGUCUUUAUCUGCUCUCCAAAGAGAUAAAGAGGCGAUAACAGAAGCACUGUCGAGUGGAAAAGAAGAGAGAGAUCGAAUCGUGCAAUCUUUGCAAGGUUUACAGACGGAGAACGACCACUUAAGUCAAACUGUGCUUCAUUUGAAAGAACAGAGAGACCAAAUAAACACUUCUCUCAAGGAUUUGACCGAGCAAAUGGAGAGAAAGCAGUUGACUCUCACUUUAACAAAAGACUACAACCACCUUUUACAGUCAGUUCGCAGUUUGAAGGAAGAACAAGGAAAAUUUGAACUUUCAGUCAGCUGCUUGAAGCGAGAGGAAAAGGAAAUAAUGCAAAAGGUCUUGGAUUUAAAAGAGGAAAGGCACAACCUGGAGAUUAUUCCAGUGCAAACAACAACUGAGCUCAAUCACAAGCAGCAACUGGUGGAUCCGCCCAGUGCCGAGGAAUGGGAGACCAGUAAUCAGAGAGAAUAUUUUACACAGAAACAAAACGACCUGAUGAGGGAGACUGACGCUUUGGGAGCAGAGUUAAAGCAAAUACAAGAGGAAGUGGACAUGAGGCAUGCAGAGAGCAAGAGGUUGCAAAGUGAACUUUCUCGGUCAGAAGCUCGGUGUGACGAGGCAGAGACAAAAGCAGCCCAAGCUGCUGAACAGGUGAUCAGAUUGACAGAGUCCAUCAAUCAGAUGGAAGACUUCAGAAAGGAAAAUGAGAGCCUUGCAGCCCAGAUAAACGAGCUGCAGAACAAACUCACUGUUCAGCUCAGGGAGAAAACUGCAGCUUUGACUCUGAAGGCCCAAACGGAGGAACAAUACAGCAUCCUCGCUGCUCAGCUCAAAGCUAAGAGCAUCGCUCUGGAGGAGCUGAACUCAGAGUACACAGCUAUGAAACGAGGACGGAGCAGCAGGGAUGAUCUGAACACCACCCUCGUCUCCCUCAGAGCCCGUUACGAUGACAUCAGAGCAAAGUAUGAUGUACUUCUGAAAAGAAAAAGCCAAACAGAUCUGGAUAUUGCUCCUUUAAAGGCCAAGCUGUCCUGCCUGGUGGUGAAGUGUCAGGAGAGAAACUGCUUGUUAGUUGAGAUGAUGAAGUCCGUGCAGAAUCAGAGCUGUCUUGACCCCAGCCUUAUUCAGCGAGUCAAGCAUCUGCUCAGAGAUGCUGCUCUUCAGGAAUAUGCUGCAACAUUCACACCAGGGAGCUACACACGGACUGGAGACUGCUGCGAUGGGCUUACACAAGAUUUUUUUUCUGUAUUUCAAGACUAUACCAGUGGAUUCAUACCUGAUGAGACCUGCCCAGUUGUAUCAAUCUGUGUGAGCAAACAAGAAACCAGAGUCCCACCUGAAUCUAAAACCCAGUACGGUGAAAGUAGAAAGCAUGUUUCAAUAAUGGCCAGUGAGACUUCAACAAAUCUUCAAGUUGGACCUGUAGCAGUUGCAACCCUGAAGAAAAACACACCUGAGCUAAUGUCUCCUGUUCCAGAGCCUGCAAGUGUCCUGGUGUCCCCUGUUGUCCCUCUGAAAGACACCAUGAGCUCCAAUAUGUCACAGCUGUCUCCUGCCAGAGGACCAUCCCAAGCAAACAGUCGACCAGAGAAAUUAGGAUUUGAGCAUUUGGACAUGAAACUAAAGUCCUCAUCGGGUCCGAGCAGUUUGGGUAAAGCUUCACAGCAUCCUACCUCUUCCUUCUCUGGCACACGAGUCGGUCCGGGCCGGAGGCUAAGUAGUCCUGAGAAGAUUAUCAACCUGCAUGAACAACUGCAGAAGACUCUGAUGAGCAGCUUUCAGGCACCAGAGAGCAGAGGAAGAGAACAGGAGCCCAGGAAGAGUCUUUCAGACCUAAACUCUCCCAGCACGACGUUCAGUUUUCACCACGCUCACUCUCUCCCAGUUUCACCUAAACAUGCGCCAUUAGAAACCACUAAACCCGACAGCUCUGGAAAAUCAACAACACUUUUCGACGCCGUCAUAUCUCGAUCUGCUGACGUUAAAUUAAGUCCCAGCGUGUAUACGAAGCAUCGCCUUACACCAACCACUUUGAGUUCCCCUGACUUGACUCCCAGCAAAGAUGAGUCUGUUUUAACUGGGGGCACUAACCCAACAAUAAACGUAAACCAGACAAAGAAAAUCUCUGCCGUUCUUGACAGAGCUGAUGCUGCACAUACAGCAUCUUCUCUAAUUCCUUUGACGUUUGAUGUCUCCGAUCCAAAAAGCACUCCUUCAGAUGUUACUCCCUCUAACAGACCAACUGCCUCCCAGUUUACCUGCUACAUUACCUCUGACAUGGACAGUACUGCCUUCACUCAUCCUAGCUUUACGCCCUGCUCUCAGUCUGCCCAUUCCUCUCCAACAAGAUCCAUAAAGUCCACCACAGAGUCCACUGCUGCUCCAGUAAAGACUUCAAGACUCAAACCAGAAGCUCCAGCUGAGGUUUGCUCUGUUGAAGUAAUUAAAACGGUGGGUCAAAGCAGCCUCCUGAUUGGCUGGGAGAGGCCGCUGCUUGACGAGCUAGGCUGCAGUAACGGCACAUUUAUGUAUGGCUACAGGGUUUUGGUAAACGGAGAGUUCCACAAAUCUGUCAUGAGCUCAGCAUGCACCAAGUGUAUCCUGGAAAACAUCGACCUGAGUGUCCCUGUUCACAUCAUCGUCCAGACUCUGGGCUCUAAUGGUCUCCGAUCAAACGGUGUCCAAAUUGUUCACAACACCUCAAACAGAACGGAGCAGAACUGAUUCAGGUGUCUAGAUUAGAACAACCCUCACAGUGGGACUGAUCAUCAGUUCACAGCCAUCCCUGGCUGCAGAGGAAGCAUUCUCACCUCCACCUCUGACGGGACGCAGCCACACUGCAGAAAGAGCGCACCAUGUGAGACUCGGGCCAACCAAUCAGAAAAACUCAUCUCGUAUGGUUUUUACGUUGGCGGUGAACAUACAGCUGGACCCUAAACUUCAAAUCAGCCCCCGAAGAUGUCAAUCAAAAUACUGUUCUGUCUGCUGUCAAACUCAAUCUGCACGUGAAACUUUUCGAUUUUUCCACGUCGAAACAACGUGUUUCCCCUGCAGGACCUUUUGAAAACAUCAAGCAGGAGACGAGAGAUCUUUAAUAAGCCAAUAAGUCGCUUCUUUAAAACACUUUUACCGACGAUAUUUAAAUAAGACCUGAAAAUCCUGGAGAGAUUUCUGUAUCUGCUGCACACCUUUACACUGUGUGAAACACUGAGGAUCAUAUUUAUUUAUCAAAGAGCCUCGCUGCUGCCUCACUGGACAACGUGAACAAUCGACCCGGUAAAGCCUUUUGGACAGAAACACACUGAAAAACGUGCUGAAGAGACUUUAUACUCAGAGGUCAUUGUACUUGAUUUGUUUUUAUACAUGAAGCCAAAUACGUGAACAGAUUAUUUACUCCAAAGACUUAUUUUUGUCUUGUAAAAGAUCAGCGAGGUUUAUUUAAAUACACAUUUAAGUUGUACAAUUUGCACACAAUAAUUAGAUAUGAGAAGAAACUUUAACAAGAUUACCACCGAUAUUUUUUGUAGAGAAUGUCGUAAACAAAUUGCCAAUAUACUUUACC